CCUCCAGAUUGCACACACUGAAAGGAGGGCAAGGAGAAGAACUAAGUCAGUGCUUCAGCUGACAGAAAAGAGGCUUGCAGAACUGGGCCCAGAACCAGAUGAGGAGGGAUGUAUCCAGGUGAAAUUUGUGUGCCCUGAAACGAAUUUAAUGAGGCGAUUCCGGGAAACGGAUACUGUCCUGAGCUUGUUCUAUUUUGUUGAGGGAACGAGCAAGGUUCAGGGCUGUGAACUUAUGUUAGCUGGCGAAAAGCUGAAGCGGGAUCAACUCUCCCUGAAGGAGGUUGGGAGAACAUCAAACACCACACUGCACAUAAAAGAUGAUGAUGAUCGCCAAUUGUCUUCAGAUGUGGAAUCUUUGGAUGAGGAGGAAAUGGACAAAAAUGAAGAGGAGAAUGAAUCUACUGCUACUGGUUCAGUUUGCACAAAAACCUGUCUUGGAGAUCUACAAAGUGCAGCUAUGGAGAUAAAAACCUUCAUUCGAGUUGGUGUGGAGAAGAACAUGUUCAUCAGCCGUGAGUCGAUCUUAAACCUGAUGGACUAUUAUAGGAGUGAUGACCAACUGACUUUCCAUCGAAUCAAUGUGACGUUCGAAGGAGAAAACAUUGCAGAGGAUAUGGAUGGCUUGUCCCGAGAGAUGUUGACGUGUUUUCUCAAGGCUGCCCUCUCAAAGUAUUUUGAGGGGAGUGAUGCUAAGGUCCCAAAAGUGGACCAUGAUGUGAUAGACACUGAUGUUUUCUCCAUCAUUGGGAAAAUCAUCAGCCACGCUUACGUGUUGUUGGGGUACUUCCCAAUGAGCCUAUGCAAGGCAUCAUUGUGUGCCCUGUUUGACGCGAAUGUGGACUCGGAGAUGAUCACAAGUUCUUUCUUAAAGCUCUUGCCUCCUCUUGAGAGAGACUUUAUGAAUGCAACACUCAAAGAUCCGAUCACACUCAAGGUGAAUGCAAACAGAUUGCGAUGCACGUCAAUAUUUCCCAUCGGCACUAAAUAAUAUUUUGUUCUUUUGCCGAAAGGAAGAGUAAAUGAUUUUCACCAAAAUGUGUUGCAACAAUGGUAAGAUAAUAGGAGAUGACAUGGUGUUUAACUCCAAUAUUCCCUUCAUAAUAUGGCUAAAAGUCAAAUAUGAGAGUAAAGCACCUUGUAUAAUCUGCUUAUAUCUAAUUACUCUUGUAAAUCAUUUUGGUUAUGAUCAUUUACUUUUCCUUUUGACCAUGUGGACAAACAAACAAAGUGAUUUUUUAGUGCAAAUGACACAUUUAAACAUGUUAAAUGAGUAAAAAUGGGAAGAUUAACUUAAGAGAAAUGCAUGUAUACAAUGUAUGGGAAAAUGUACAUGAAAUGGAAAAAUGCAGUUUUCUCAAAAUGUUACCAACAGAUUUUUUUAAUUCUUUCUGUUUUUGAAACUAUAUGAUAUUGGCUACAAUGUGGUACAGGUUUCAUCUCAAUGCAAUUUAAAAAACAUCUUACUGAAAGUUCAGGAACACUGUGUCACUAGACUCAAUAAUUCAUAUGGGAGGGGCAGCACUACCCACUAGUCCACCCGACUGAACAACCUCGCGAUUUUACUGGCUGUGAGUGGCCUUGGCUCGCUGCCAAUCUGUUGUUGGCGUCACGAGACCAAACGCAGGAAUACUGGUGCGGUUGUUCAGUUGGGUGGACAAGUGGUUACCCCCCCCCCCCUCCUGACCUAAUGCAAUAUUCUUGUUAAACAUUUUCAGAAACGUGAUAGGAUGUUUCAAUUUGAUAUUGAUUUAUUCAUGCAAAACUUGUAUGGUUUAAUACCUACUUUAAAGUCAAUGGACUGGUUGUGUAAUCAUAUCAUGAACAUUGUGAUACAGUAGAACUCGCGUAAGUCGCCACCCUUGGCACUUAGAUGUUAAUGAUGACUUACAGGUAGGACCAGUAAAAUAACUCAUCAUUUUUAUGGCUUACAUAACUCGUCACAAUGACGGCUUACAUAACUCGUCACAAUGAUGGCUUACAUAACUCGUCACAAUGACGGCUUACAUAACUCGUCACAAUGACGGCUUACAUAACUCGUCACAAUGACGGCUUACAUAACUCGUCACAAUGACGGCUUACAUAACUCGUCACAAUGAUGGCUUACAUAACUCGUCCCAAUGACGGCUUACAUAACACGUCACAAUGAUGGCUUACAUAACUCGUCACAAUGAUGGCUUACAUAACUCGUCACAAUGACGGCUUACAUAACUCGUCACAAUGACGGCUUACAUAACUCGUCACAAUGAUGGCUUACAUAACUCGUCACAAUGAUGGCUUACAUAACUCGUCACAAUGAUGGCUUACAUAACUCAUCAUUUUGAUGGCUUACAUAACUCGUCACAAUGACGGCUUACAUAACUCGUCACAAUGACGGCUUACAUAACUCGUCACAAUGAUGGCUUACAUAACUCGUCACAAUGAUGGCUUACAUAACUCGUCACAAUGACGGCGUACAUAACUCGUCACAAUGAUGGCUUACAUAACUCGUCACAAUGACGGCUUACAUAACUUGUCACAAUGAUGGCUUACAUAACUCGUCAGUGACGACUUGUAACUGUAUCCGUACAUUUUUAAUACACGUGGAUCGUCAUUUGAUCUAUGGGCUGAACAAAGACGCACGCCCCGCGGUGACGAGUUACCGGUGUAAUUGUACAUUCAUUUCUAUUACAAGGGACUGUAAGAUUGGUGCCGACUUGUAUUAAGGGUUGGCUCUACGACAGUUCUUUACUACACCAUUUUGGCAUGAUUUUUUGGCAAAAA